UAUUACAGUCAGUGCAAUGAGUUUGCAUGUUCUCCAUCUGUUUGGACUUCAUCCUACACUCCAAAAACAUACGGGCAGGUGCAUUGGCUUAACUAAAUCUCUGUGGACUAUGUGGGUGCUAUAUACAUAAAGGAUGAGAAGUACUAUUGGGAAUCAUGUGACUCAAGCGAUACAUGCCUUUCAGCACUGCACAGUCUUUUCAGCACCAUGGACAGUACAUCGGCGUGGCUGUAACUUAGGACCCUGCAGCUUGGCGCUCUCCUGUUCAUCGCGGAAUCACACCCAUUAUAGACAGAGUCGGAUAGUGGUUUAGGAAGGACACCGGGGGGCGUGCCGGAGCGUCAAACACCCACGGAUCAGCUUUGCUGCUGCUUCAGAGCAUCUUUGCGAUCGCGGGAGGAAGAGAGAGAGCAGAGCUGGCUUUAUAUCCCCACUCCCUGUGCUCUUUACAUGACACCGUAGGAAAUCCUUGUAUUCCCUUCUGGAGAUCCCCUCUCACUCUCUGUGCGCUGCGGGUAGCUGUGUAAGGAAGAUGAAGAAAGUCAUUCCAUCUUAAAUGCUUCCUUAUUAUUAGUUUUUUUUGCAUUUCUCAUUGGAUCUAUAUUUAGCCUGUAAAUUGCUGGAUUGAAGCAGUGAGGGAAUCCCGAGCGAGCAGUGCAGCAGGAGCAGACUGGGGAGAGGAAUAACACUACCAUGCUUCUGCAAACUUGAGAGAGCUCUUCAGCCAGGGAGCUGAGAUUGAGGAUUAUAAAAAGCAAGUCAACAGGGGCCCCCCAGCAGAGAUGUCAGAGCCAGCGCUGGACUUCUCCAAAGUGGAACGUUUCUUGGACAGUCACCCAGAACUGUUUGAGGACUACUUGAUCAGGAAGGGAAAGCACCAAAUGGUGGAGAAGUUGUUAAAAAGGAACCAGUUGGCAAAAACGCCUUCCAGCUCCAGCGCUGAUGACAGGAGCAAAGACUGCUGGACCAAUCGUGGGGAUGGCUUGCAGAGAAGGGCUUCUCAGAAAGAGCUGAGGAAAAGUUUUGCUAGGUCAAAGGCCAUCAAUGUCAACAGGACUUAUGAUGAACAUGUUAAUUCCAGAGCCCAGGAGCCCCUGACCAGCAUGAGAAGGAGAGCUUUGCUGAGAAAGGCAAGCUCCCUCCCACCUACCACUGCACACAUUCUCAGUGCUCUUCUGGAAUCCAGGGUCAGCAUCCCCCAGUACCCAUCGACUGCUAUUGACUACAUAUACUACUUAAAAGAGCACAAUGAGAGAGCAUUUUUUCUAGAACUGGUGAAGGAUAUCUCCAAUGAACUCAACCUCACCAGCCUGUGCUACAAAAUUCUGAUCUUUGUAUGCAUUAUGGUGGAUGCCGAUCGCUGUUCUCUCUUCUUGGUGGAAGGGACGGCUAACAAGAAGAGUUUGGUGUCCAAGUUUUUUGAUGUGCAUGCAGGGACCACUCUGCUGCCUUCAUGCAGUAUGGAGAACUCAAAUGAGGUGCAGGUGCCAUGGGGAAAAGGCAUUAUUGGUUAUGUAGCAGAGCAUGGAGAAACAGUCAACAUCCCUGAUGCUUACCAGGACAGGCGUUUCAGCGAUGAAAUAGACAAGCUGACGGGAUACAAGACCAAGUCUCUGUUGUGCAUGCCAAUACGCAGCAGUGAUGGCGAGAUUAUAGGCGUUGCUCAGGCUAUAAACAAAACUCCUGGAGGUGCCCCCUUCAUUGAGGACGAUGAAAAAGUAAUGCAGAUGUAUCUGCCUUUUUGUGGUAUUGCAAUAUCUAAUGCUCAACUGUUUGCUGCUUCUAGAAAAGAAUACGAUCGGAGCCGGGCUUUGCUGGAGGUGGUAAAUGAUCUGUUUGAGGAACAGACAGAUCUGGAAAAGGUUGUUAAAAAAAUUAUGCACCGAGCUCAGACCCUUCUAAAGUGUGAACGCUGCUCUGUGCUGCUACUGGAGGAUAUUGAGUCUCCGGUUGUCAAGUUCACAAAAUCUUUUGAACUACUUUCUCCAAAAUGCAGUGCAGAUACAGAAAACAGUUUCAAGGACAGCGUGGAGAAAUCAUCUUAUUCUGACUGGUUAGUAAAUAACAGCAUAGCUGAGCUAGUUGCCUCGACGGGUCUUCCAGUGAACAUCAGCGACGCAUAUCAGGACCCUCGCUUCGAUGUUGAAGCUGAUCAAUUUUCUGGGUUCCACAUCAGGUCAGUUUUAUGUGUCCCUAUAUGGAAUAGUAGCCAUCAAAUAAUAGGUGUAGCACAAGUGCUGAACAGAAUUGAUGGGAAGCCUUUUGAUGAUGCAGAUCAAAGAUUAUUUGAAGCUUUUGUUAUCUUUUGUGGCCUUGGUAUUAACAACACAAUAAUGUAUGAUCAAGUCAAGAAGUCAUGGGCAAAGCAAUCAGUGGCCCUAGAUGUUCUUUCUUAUCAUGCGACCUGUUCUAAAGCUGAAGUUGAUAAAUUUAAGGCAGCCAACAUCCCUUUGGUGUCAGAACUUGCCAUCGCUGACAUUCAUUUUGAUGACUUCUCCCUUGAUGUCGAUGCCAUGAUUUCAGCUGCCCUGAGGAUGUUUAUGGAGCUGGGGAUGGUACAAAAGUUUAAAAUUGAUUAUGAGACAUUAUGCAGGUGGCUGCUAACAAUAAGGAAAAAUUACCGCAUGGUCCUGUAUCACAAUUGGCGACAUGCCUUUAAUGUGUGCCAGCUCAUGUUUGCCAUGUUAACUACAGCUGGGUUUCAAGAAGUUCUAUCAGAUAUUGAAAUUCUGGCUUUGAUUGUGGGCUGCCUAUGUCACGAUCUUGAUCACCGGGGAACCAACAAUGCCUUUCAAGCCAAGAGUGGCUCAGCUUUGUCUCAGCUCUAUGGAACAUCAGCCACAUUGGAGCACCAUCAUUUUAAUCAUGCAGUCAUGAUUCUUCAAAGUGAGGGGCACAACAUUUUUGCCAACCUGUCAUCACAGGAGUACAGCGACCUCAUGCAGCUGCUGAAGCAGUCUAUCCUGGCCACAGACAUCACUUUCCAUUUUGAAAGAAGAAAUGAGUUUUUUGAACUGGUCAAUAAAGGAGACUACAACUGGAAUGUUAAAUCUCACAGGGUUAUAUUCCGAUCCAUGUUAAUGACAGCGUGUGACCUUGGAGCUGCAACCAAACCAUGGGAGAUUUCCAGACAGGUGGCUGAGUUGGUAACCAGUGAGUUCUUCGAACAAGGAGACCGUGAACGAUUAGAACUCAAACUGACACCUUCAGCCAUUUUUGAUCGUAAUAGGAAAGAUGAGCUUCCUCGAUUACAACUUGAAUGGAUUGACAACAUUUGUUUUCCUUUAUAUGAGUCGCUAGUCAAGAUCAGUGGAAAGCUUAAGCCUAUGUUGGACUCUGUGACUACAAACAGAGGGAAGUGGGAAGAACUGCACCAAAAACAGUCUCAUGGAAUCGCUUCCUCCACCUCUUACCCUACUCCAGCUUCCUCCCCACAGCCAGCUACAGAGUGUCUCUUAAAGACUUAAGCUUGCCAGUCAGCUGCUGCCAUGUAUAAGAAAUUACCCUCAAAGGCUGUCAUAAGCUUUGCUGUUUAAUUAAGUUACUGCAGCCAUGCAUUUAUAGAUGGAGAAUAAUUCCAUUGGUCAUGGUUUGGCUUUCGCCUGGAAAUUCAGUCAACUAGAGCUAAAGGAAGAUGGAACUGUGGUAACAAUGAAGCUGUUAAGAGGAGUCGUGAGGUAGACUUGGUGUCCAAGAGCACCUACUUCACCUGUUGAUGCUUUGCAACAUGUGCUACUUGUUGCUGGGCAAACGAUGAAAUGCUGUUUUGAAGCUGAUGUUGAUGGACUACUGACUCGGCCCAAUUCAUACAGCACAGUUAUUACAAUGCACAAUGUAUUCAUUACAUCCAAUAGAAUUGCUCAGACUGAAUAAUGUAUAUUUUUAUUUAGUGUUUGCUUUUUUUCCCAUUUAAUUGUACAAAACGUUUGCCUGCCUGAUGUGGUGUUAUUUUUUUUUCUCCUGUAAGUGCUUGCUAUAUGUUAAAAGGCUUCCAGUGAAUUCAGUUUGGCUCCAUUUGGCACCACCUAAAAAUAAUAUCAGUGAAAUACUGCAAUGGCAGCACAUAACCACUUUGCCCAAAGAGUAAAUACAAACUAUGCAGAAAAUUUCUACGACAUGCGAUAACAAGCAUAUUUUUUUUUCUA